AUGGCGUUCCUGGUCGAGGAAGUCCGCGCCUUGGUGUCGGCAGCAAAACAGGUGGCGUUCGCUGGCGCCGACGUCCACAAGGCGACGGCGUGGGUGGAGUUCGUGGCGUCCGUCCACGAAUCGCCGACACAGACGCAUCUCUUAAUCUUCUACUCCAGUACGGUGCGGGCGCUGGCUGACACGAUCGGUUCACGCAUCCGGGCAAAAUCGCAGCAAGAGGCUUCCGGCAGCCAGGUAAACUCCGCCAGUGCAGCAGACAAGAUUGCGCAGGCGACCGCUGAGUGGGCCAAAGUCCAGAAAGCGAAAGCCGAGAGGGAGGCCAAACGCGGGACCUUGAACUACGACCUGAAAGCUAGGAUCCGCGACGUCGGCUUGCAGCAGGUCCAAGGCGAUCUGAUGCCAAGCGGGGAAACCCUACUCCGAAUGGAGGCGCCGUUGUCGGCCAGGGCCGCCAAAGAGAGGGGUCGGAAGUGGAUCGGCUCUUCGGAGGGCGAGGACUUGCUCGUGAAUUUCCGCUUAUGGCUUUCGAAGACGCCGAAAUUUGACUUUGUCGUCGGCGAAGGGUCCAUCGAUGGCAAAGUCAGAGAAGCUUGGGAGGCGAAGCGCGCGCGCACCGUGGAGGAGCGCAUUGGCUUCACGGGCUUCGCCAACUUUCUCGGCCGCUUGCGCGACUGGGGCGUGAAGAUGAUCCUAGCGAAGCUGGCCCGCGCUCUCGGGCAGGGAGAGGGCGAUCAGCUCGACGUUCUGCUGUGCAAGCUGGAUCGUGAUACCGCGGAGGACGCCGAGCGCAAGGUGUCCCAGCGCGCCGAGGAAGUCGGCCAGGCAAGCGGCAACGAACCCGCGACGGGCGGCGCAAGCGGCUCCGCCGGCGCGGGCUGGAAGGGUGGCAAAGGGCCCAGUCCCAGCCCCCAGGGGGGCGGCAAGGGCGAGUCCAAGGGUGGCGAGACGGGCCCCAAGGGUUCCAUGGCACCCAAGUCGCCGG